ACACACAUACCUUUCUCACUGAAAAAGUAGUAUACAAUAUACUACAUAUAUAUCCCAUGUACUAUAUACACUAUGUACAUUCAACACAUUGCUUUUUCCACCACACAAUAUACCUGAAUAUCACCCCAUAUCAGCGUGUGGAGAUCUUACUCACUUCAUUUUCAGCUACUAAAGGUUCCCUUUUGUUAACAUGCCAUAUUUUGUUCAAUUAAUCCUAUGGUGAUGGGUAAUCUUGUUAUGGUCAAUCUUCUAAUACAAAAAAUGCUAAAAUGAAUAAUCUUAUGCACAAGUCAUGUCGUGUUUUUGCAAGUAUAUAUUUAGUAAAGACUCCUAGAAGUGGGAUUGCUGCUCAAAAUAUAACAUAUAUAUAUAGAUUUGUUGGUCAAAUGACAAAGUCUGUUAUUAAUUUACAUUGUUUCUCUCAUCAGAAAGAAGCCAACAAAACAUACAACUGUGAAAAUUUAGGUCUCAGAGAAAUUCCUGACACUCUACCAAACACAACAGGAUUUUUGGAAUUUGGCUUUAAUUUCUUGCCUACAGUUCAAAAUACAACUUUCAGCAGACUCAUAGAUCUUAUCUUUUUGGAUUUAACCAGGUGCCAGAUUAACUGGAUACACGAAGACACUUUUCAAAGCCAUCAUCAGUUGAACACGCUGGUGCUGACUGGAAACCCCCUGAUAUUCAUGGCAGAAACGUCACUCGAUGGACCCAGGUCACUGAAGCAUCUCUUCUUAAUCCAAACAGGAAUAUCUAAUCUGGAGUUUAUCCCAGAGCAAAAUCUGAAAAACUUGGAAAGUCUGUAUCUUGGAAGCAACCACAUUUCCUCCAUUAAGUUCCCAGAAAACUUCGCAACACAGAAUCUGAAGGUUCUGGAUUUUCAGAAUAACGCUAUACACUACCUCACUGGGAAAGACGUGAGCACCCUGGAGGCCACCAACCUGAGCCUUAAUUUGGAUGGCAAUGACAUUAGGGGCAUUGAGCCGGGGGCUUUCCGUUCAAAAGUCUUCCAAAGUUUGAGAUUUGGAGGGACUCUCGACUUGUCUGUCAUAUUAAGAGGUCUACAGAACUCGACUACUCAGUCUCUCUGGCUGGGGACAUAUGAGGACACCGACAAGCAAGACCUUACUACAGCCACGUUUGAGGGACUUUGUGAAAUAUCUGUUGAGAGCAUUAACCUGCAGCAGCACCAUUUCUCUCUCUUGUCGUCUACCAUGUUCCGGUGCUUCACGCAACUCCAGGAAUUAGAUCUGACGGCAGCUCACUUGAGAGAGUUACCCUCCGGGAUUCAGGGUAUGAACUCUCUUAAGAAAUUAGUUCUCAAUGUAAAUCAUUUUGAGGAGUUGUGUCAAAUCAAUGCUGCCAGUUUCCCUUCCCUUACCGACCUCGAUAUCAAAGGCAACCUGAAUAAACUUAGCCUCGGUGCUGGAUGUUUGGAAAAACUAGAAAAUCUUCAGAGACUUGAUUUAAGCCACAGUGAUAUAGAGGCUUCUGACUGCUGUAAUCUGCCACUCAAAAGCCUGCACCACUUGCAGUACCUAAACCUCAGCUACAAUAUGCCCAUUGGUCUCCAGAGUCAGGCAUUCAGAGAGUGUCCUAAGUUAGAAGUCCUGGAUUUGGCAUUCACCCACUUGAGUGUCAGUGCCCCACAAAGCCCCUUCCAAAACCUCUCCCUCCUGCAGACUCUGAAUCUCUCUCACUGCCUCCUUGAUACUAGCAAUCAGCACCUUCUGGAAGGCCUGCUGGAUCUCCGGCAACUGAAUUUACAGGGAAAUCACUUUCAAGAUAACAGCAUCUCAAAGACCAAUCUACUUCAGACUGUAAGCAGCUUGGAGGUUCUGAUUUUAUCCUUCUGUGAGCUCCUCUCUAUAGACCAGCAAGCAUUCCACAGCCUUGGGAAAAUGAGUCACGUAGACUUAAGCCACAACAACCUGACAGAAAAUAGCAUCAGUGCUCUUAGCCAUCUUAAGGGGACCUACCUCAACCUGGCUGCCAACAGCAUUCACAUUAUCCCACCGGAUCUCCUCCCCAUCUUGUCCCAGCAGAGCACCAUUAAUUUAAGUCACAAUCCCCUUGACUGCACCUGUUCGAAUGUUCAUUUCUUGACAUGGUACAAAGAAAACCUGCAAAAACUGGAGGACUUGGAGGAGACAGUGUGUGCAAAUCCCCCGAAUUUAAGGGGAGUUAAGCUUUCUGAGGUCAGUCUAUCCUGCGGGAUUACGGCCGUGGGCAUUUUUUUUCUUGUAGUAUUUUUAUUCUUGUUCAUCAUUCUGCUCAUUUUUUCAGCUAAAUUCUUCCUUAGGUGGAAAUACCAGCACAUUUAGUGCUGCAGGUUUCCAGAGACAGCAAAUAAAUGUGUUCAUCAAAAUCACCCUAAGUAAAGGAACUGUUGUCUGUUGGUGACCGGAAUUCAAGACUGGUUCCUGCUGCCAGGCAGGGAUUUACUCUGCUUCUCUGAGCCCCAGAAAGGAUGAGCCUCCCGGGAAAGGAAACUGAAUGAGACCAAAGGGAUAGACAGCCGUGGCAGACACAGAGCCAUGUCCUCACAUGGAAGGUGGGUGGAAGGCGAGGAAGCACCCGUGGCAGGGCAUGGCCAGGGAAGUCACCCACAAAGAGGCCGCCUCCCUUACACUCAUGGACUUCCUUUGAAGCACCUCCCACCCUGAGCCGAAAAGGAAACCGUCAUUGCCCACCCCUUGGCCAUGCUGAGGACCCCAGCUCCCGAUUCCCUCCCACAUGAUGCGGGCAUUGUCCUUGGGUCUCAGUUCCCAGUAACAUGGCAGUUACAGACACUUGUUGUGGAUAAAGUCGCAGUGCUCAUUUUAAUGAAAAAGGGAAAACAAAGAAUUUAAAAGAGGCUGAGAAAUGAAUCUUGUCAUCAGAUUGACUCCAUUAAUUUCCCUAAUCCUUAGGUGUCUGAGGGUCUCUACAAUGUUGUCAUGGUACAAAUCGCUACC